CGCAGCCUUUUCCGUCGUUGGCGAUGAAGCAUUCACGUAUACAUUUCGAAUCAAGUCGGGAAAGGGAAGCAGGAGCGCACGUAAGGUAAAGUGUACACGUAGUCGAAAACAGGGGGAAAGAGCCUCGAAAAUCCUUCCGGAACGAAGCGAGGCUCGGUAUUACGAUGAAUUUUGGAGUCGGGGUGCGAUUGGAUGGGAAGAAGAGAGACAGCGCAAGGACGAUACGAAAGACUACAAUGAUGUUACAAGGUUCUUUUUUCUUCUUUAAGAUGGGUAGGCAGGCACGGUCUGCUAUAGACAAGAAGCAAGCGAGACGAUUACUUGGUGCAGAUGUGCAGACUACCCAAGGUGCGCACACGCUGCGGAGCGAGCUUUCAAACCAGAGCAAUCGUCAAUGA